AGCUUACUAGUCUGCUUCAGAUACACCUGCUCCAUCUCUCGAUCCUCUCUGAAUCCAAUUCGAGCCAUCUUGUCUUCGAUCGGCUUCGUCCUGCUAGCUAGCUCGCUCGGGUUGGGUUGUUGGAAGAGACGAUGGUGGUGAUGGGGCAGCUGGGGAGGUUCGUCGACGGGAUCAAGUCGAAGCUCCGCGGCGGCGGAGGGAGGAAGAGGGGGAGCAAGAAGGAGGAGGCGGCGGCGGCGGCGGUGACGUAUGACAAGAUGGACAAGACGGAGAGCAUGAGGGUGGAGAUGAGGAGCCGGCAGGCGCAGAAGCUCAUCGCCAAGAACCUCGUCGCCGCCGACUCCGUCGGCCGCCGGAACAAGCGCUUCUUCCUCGCCUUCUGAUCGCCACCAAACCAAAACGAUCGAUUUUGUUGCUACGGAUGCGAAGAAUCCCAUCAGACAGAGUAAUCUGCCUUCUGUAGCUCGUGAACCUUUGCUGUUCGUCAGCGGAUUCCACGCAUCCAUGUAGUCGCUUAUGUGUUUAUCUGACUUAUCGUGAUAAAAAAAAGGCUUAAAUUGCGUUCGUUUGGUGAUGAAUAUUGCAGUUUUUUUAUU